CUCAGACGGGUUCUGUUGAUUCAUUGAAAAGAUUCGACUCAAAGGAAUCAGAUUUCGUUAGUGUAAGUGGGCGUUGUAAUCUGUGUACACAGAGCUUGAAUUAUUCUCAGCAAACACAAGAACAGCGGCGUAUGCAAACAUCCCCGUUAACAUUUAGCAACUUUUAAAAUCUGUUUUUAAUGUCGUGACUUCUUAGUUUUCAUCAGUUUUUACUCUCUGUUAUGGAUAUGGGCUAAAUCUUUAAACGCUGUCGAUGCAUAACAAUAUAAAAUGGGUUCGACGAGCUCCACCCUAUUAAAAAUCCCAAACGUCGAGGAGUUGAUGCAAGAAACGGGCUUCUCAUCUGCCCACAUUAUUCGUCUGUAUGAUCGCUUCAAAGCUCUGGAUAAAGAAGGACGAGGUCAUCUCUGUCCUCAUGAUUUUGGAGCCAUAAAGGAGCUGGCAAUGAACCCCAUAGGAGACAGAAUAAUAGGUGCCUUCUUCUCCCCAGGACAGGAAACAGUGGACUUUAACACUUUUGUGAAGAUCCUGGCGCAUUUCCGGCCCGUUGACAAGGACCGACCCAGAGAUCCAAAUUCUCCUGAACCCAUAAACAGCAGGAGCAACAAACUCAAAUUUGCGUUUCAUUUGUAUGACCAGGACAAGGAUGGCAAGAUUUCCAGAGAUGAGCUUUUAAAGGUUCUCCGGGACAUGCUGGGGAUGCAGGUGACAGAGGAGCAGCUGGAGAGCAUAGCAGACCGCACUAUACAGGAAGCAGAUCUAGACCGUGAUGACGCAAUAUCUUUUGAGGAGUUUCGGAAGUCUCUGGAGAAGGUCAACAUUGAUCACAAGAUGAGCAUUCGUUUCUUGCGCUAGACUAGAGCAUCGUGGGAAAGCUUCAAUACCAACCAUGUACGCAAUCGCACAGGACAGUUUGACGGGAUCAGCCUUUGUCUGUCUAACGGGAUUUUAAUGCACUGGUAAUGUCUGCACAUUGACGAAUGAUUUACACUACUGUUCAAAAGUUUAGAUUAGUAACGUUAAAAGUACAGUUAAAAGUUCAGCCGUGUUUUGUUGUGUACAGUAGGUGGCGCCAAGUGCAUACUGUUGAAUUGAAAUUAGCAAAGAUGCCUUAAAUUGACCAGAAAGUGACAGUAAAGACAUUAUUUCUUUUCAUCAAAGAAUCCUAAAAAAUAUCUCCACAAAAAAUAUUUGAGUAUUAAAUCAGCCUAUUAUAGUGAUUUCUGAAGGAUCAUGUGACACUGAAGACUGGAGUAAUGAUGCUGAUUUCAGCUUUGCCAUCACUGGAAUAAAUUACAUUUUAAAAUAUAUUAAAAUAGAAACUGUUAUUUUAACUUUUAA